GUACAGAUCCGACCGUUGUGAGACCAUUCUUCCCCCUCUCUCUCUCUCUCUGCACCCACCCUUCAUUUGCACUUUCCAAUUCAAACCAACUCCGUUUUACCGUUCCCCUUCUCCUUCUCUACGAAUUGUUUUUCUCCCUUUUACAUUCUUUCUCUCUCUCUCUCUCUCUACAAUGGGGAUCGAAGCGGAGACGCGGCCGGAAGAGAAGGCUUCUUCAGAGGUAACUGCAGCAGAAAAAAGAAGGUGGACUCUUAAUGACUUUGACAUUGGAAAGCCUCUUGGAAGGGGGAAAUUCGGGCAUGUCUAUCUAGCAAGAGAAAAGAGGAGCAACCAUAUUGUGGCCCUGAAAGUGCUCUUCAAGAGCCAGCUGAAGCAGUCUCAGGUAGAGCAUCAGCUUCGUCGUGAAGUAGAAAUCCAGAGCCAUCUAAGACAGCCCAACAUUCUACGCCUUUAUGGAUACUUCUACGAUCAGAAAAGAGUUUAUUUGAUAUUGGAAUAUGCAGCGAAGGGUGAACUGUACAAGGAACUGCAAAGGUGUAAAUACUUCACUGAAAGACGUGCUGCAACUUAUGUAGCAUCAUUAGCUCGAGCGCUUAUAUAUUGUCACGGAAAGCAUGUAAUACACAGAGAUAUUAAGCCUGAAAAUCUUUUGGUUGGUGCACAGGGUGAACUCAAAAUUGCAGAUUUUGGCUGGUCCGUACACACAUUCAACCGUAGGAGAACCAUGUGUGGUACACUGGAUUACCUCCCACCUGAGAUGGUGGAGAGCGUUGAGCAUGAUGCCGGUGUCGACAUAUGGAGCCUUGGUGUUCUUUGCUACGAGUUUCUUUACGGGGUUCCUCCUUUUGAAGCCAAAGAACACUCGGACACGUAUAGAAGGAUUGUGCAAGUGGAUUUGAAGUUCCCUCUGAAGCCUAUGGUCUCUUCAGCUGCAAAGGAUCUCAUCAGUCAGAUGCUUGUCAAGGAUUCUUCACAAAGACUGGCAUUGCACAAGGUUCUUGAGCAUCCUUGGAUUGUCCAGAACGCCGAUCCCUCUGGCGUCUAUAGGUGUUGAUUUUUCAGAAUGUGGAUUAAUAUCGGUAUCAAAUGUCAUAUGGACAAGUAGGAUGGCAAUAUCCUUAGUACCCUAAUUCCUAAUGUAUCUAUCAUAACCACCUCUGUUCUGGAUGACCAAAAGAAACCCAUAUGUAGUUUUUCAUCAUCAAUUCUUGUCCUGAUUCCUUCA